CAAAAAAAAAGACAAAAACACAAUAAAAUUACUUCAACUAUUGAAAAGAGAAAAUAUCAGAAUAAUAUGUAAUUGCUGUAAAAGCUGAUGAUACACUGGGCAACAUUUAGAGCAAUGUUGCCAGGCAACUUUAAGCAACAGGGGCCUCAAGACUGAUCUAAAUGAUCUAGAUAGUAAUCUAUUACCCAUGAAAAGUGCCCAAGCAUCAUUGUUAAAAAAAACAAAACAAAAAAAAAAACACAUCAUAACACUGCUAUGAAUACACAACAUAGCAUUCACACAUGCACACGUCUCCUCUUUUUGUGAACAGGAAAAAGUAAGAUGAAAGCCAAAACAGAAAACUCUCAUAUUUUCAAUGUUGAAGUAGCUAGAGCUGGAAAAAUUCUGACAUCUGCUGGCGAUGAUUAUAUGGCGAGAGUAACAGGGGCUUGCACAACGCUAACAUCUAGUGGUCGUAGAUGUUAUUGCCUCACAAAACUGACAACAGCGUGCAACGAGUGAAAGACCGCUGAGAAGCAGCUAAUAGUAACCUGGUAGCUUGAACUUAACAUGCUUAACAAGCUGCAUGCAUGUUUACGUGAAAUGUCGCCUCAGUGUCUCAUAAGAGCAUUUCAGCCAUAUUGCUGACAGCUGCUAUCAAACUAGACCACUGUGUGCCAUGCUAAAAACAAACAGACAAAAAAACAGCUACAUUUAAUAUGGUUUGCUUAUCAGGCAAUAAGUUGUUAACUGUUUUCCUGCUGGUCUAGCUGCAGGAACCCAACUUGGUCUGUUUAAAGGUCUAGAGAUGGUUUUAACAUACUUUUUAGUCAUUUUUUUUUCUUCAGGAUGCUGGUAGCUCUAAAUCAGGCAUCCCAAAUUAUGGUAAACAAGAAAAAAUGGUUCAGCGGCUGAUUGAAGACUACUGGAGAUGGCGUCUGAGAAAAAGGACACCGUUGAUGUUUUGAAGGAACAGAAUGUACUCCUUCGAAUCCGCAAUCUUCGAUCUGUGAGUUCCGCUCUGGAAUCCAUUGGGAAGACAUACAUCCAUACGAAGCAGUCUCAUCCCAUUAUAACCUCUGUGUGUGAGAUGUAUGAGAAGGGUGUAAGUACGGCUGGCAGCUUGGCUGUAUGGAGCAUUCAGCCUGCCCUCCAUGUGCUGGAGCCUCAGCUUGUAGCAGCCAACUCAUUGGCCUGCAGAGGACUGGACCACCUGGAGGAGAAGGUUCCAGCCUUGCAGUAUCCACCUGAAGAGCUAACAGCAAGCAUCAAGGAGCUGGUGUCAUCAACUUUGGAAACUGCCAAAGAUAGUGUUUCCUGUCCAAUCAGACAGACCUCUAAUGUUGUAUUGGACAAGGUAUCUACUUGGUACCAGCAGAGUAAGAAUGCCUUAAGUGACGGCAUAUGUUAUGUUUUUAACAGCAAGCUUGUCUGCCUGGCUGAGCAGAGAGCUGACAGGGCUCUAAGUCUGAUGGAGAACCUAGUCGACUUCGUACUUCCUGCAUCUUCAACUGAGACAGAGGAUGAUGGGAGUAUGGGAGAGCAGGACCCUGAUGUUGGAACCUCUGGCCCAAAACCCAGCUUCAGCAGGCUGGGAGCACUGGCCGGCACCAUUUGCAGACGGGCAUUUGAGAAGACAGCUGCACAACUACAGCGCUCUAAACGUCAAGGUCAGGCACUGGUCACACAGAUCCCUGGCGUGAGUCCCCUGAGUAAUGGACUGCCGAGGCUGGUCAGUGGAUUAGGGCAGCAGUUAUUGAAGAUCUAUGAGUCUGUGGUGGCUAAUGUGAAAAAACCCCAUCAAACCAGCUUCAACCUGGCUAAGGAUGGAGUCAGCCUUGUCCUGCGGUCCUUUGGCAUAGUCAGGGAGAGAGCACUGCACAACCUUUCUUAUUAUGGGCUGAUUCCUAGGCGAUCUUCCAAGCCAGAAGGAGGAUCCCAAAAGGCGGAAAACGAUAGAUCAAAAGAAUGUUUGAGUUGCACUCUGGUGCUGGAGACUACUGUAGGAGACCACAUGCACAGUCCCAGUGGCAGUCCUCAAAAGCAGCCCCUUAAGGUUACAGAGCUCAAGGAGAUAUCAGAGGAGACCCGUCAACUGAAGAAGAAGGUCAUGAAACAGAUUCCUAUACAGCAGAAAGUAGUUCUUGGUGGCAGCAACAAGAAAGUAUCCAACCACAGAUCCCAGAGGAAGAGUCUGACAGAUUGCACCCAGAUCUACUCCUCCUCAUCUUCUUACAUUCGUACAGUGCAAAACAGCAGAAAUGCCUCCCCUACUGCAGAAUGACAAUAGAAGAACAGUCAGAGUGGGAUGCGGGUUUCAUUAUUUAUCCUGCAUAUCCGUCAUGUUCAUUUAAAGCAUUAUGCAAAGCUGUCAUGGGUCAUGAUUUCUAAAGUGCUGGCAGAGAUUCCGCAAUCGGUGACCUACAUAUAGCUAUGCAUUUGAGGCUCUGGAUCGUGUUUUUCCAUUUUAUUUCCCAUUAUAAAGUUAUUAAGUUAAUUUGCUGCCUGAAAAACAUUAUCUUAUCACUGUUAAAAACAGUUGCGCUGCUAAAAGGAAUAGUUCACAAAAAAAAUGAAGAUUCUGGCUGUUCUGGGUCACCACUGACUUCCGCACUAUUUUUUUUCCUGCUAUGGAAGUAAAUGGUGACCAGAACCAUCUGGUUACAAACUUUUUUCAAGAUGUAUUCCUUUGUGUACGGCAGAACAAACAGAUUAAUACAGAUUUGGAACAACUUGAAGGUGAGUGAUGACAGAAGUUUCAUUUUUGGGUGAACUAUUCCUUUAAUAUUUUUCUGAAAACAGUGAUGCAUUGUUUUCAGUAUUCCUUGAUAAAUAUAAAGUUCAAAAGAACAUCAUCACCAGUGUUUAUUUGAAACCAAUAUUUUGUAACAUUAUAAAUGUCUUUACCAUCGUUAUAGAAUCAAUUUAAUGCAUCCUAGCAAAAUAAAAAUGAUUUACUUUAAAAACCCUACUGACCCCAAACUUUUGAUCACUAGUGU